AUGUACGACUCGCUAUCAGAAGUCAUCCAGCUUACAAAGGACCUCCUGGCAGACGCCAAGCAGCAGCACACCUCGGCGGCGCCCCCAGCCGCGCCGGCCGCGCCCUCCGCGCCAGUAGCAGCGGCGGUAGCCUCGUCGGCGGCGGCGGCGGCGGGCCCGAGCGCCCAAGGCGGCGCGGCGCUCGGCGGCUCCCAAAUCGUGACGCCGGCGGCGCUCAACGCGCCGUCGAUGCUGCCCGAGGCGGUCGCCGACCAGAUUCGGAAGGCGCAGCAGCGGUCGGCGCUGCUGGGGCAGGCGCAGGCGGGGUGGGCGGUAGGCGCGGAGUGCCUGGCGUACUAUGCGGCAGACGGGCAGUGGUACCCAGGGGUUGUGGAGGGCGUGACAGAGGACGGCAAGUUUGUGGUGCUGUAUGAGGGCUACGGCAACAAGGAGGAGCUCGUGGCGGGCUCCGUGCGGCCGCGGGCGGAGGAGGUGCGUGAGGAGGUGUACAAGGGGGUGGCUGCCCCCAAGCGGAAGCGCGUGGAGGACGAGCCCGAGGUCACAGAGAUACCCAAGACCACCCCUCGACCGCCAUACGCCACCCCCUAA